GACCGUCAUAGAUUCUAUGUUAAUGUUGAAUUUUCAGAUGUUGAAAGCUAUUAUGGUUAUAUCAAGUAUUUCCAUUCAUUUUAGGUACGAUGCACAAAUGGGCGUUUAGUCCGCGAGCGUGUGCCUUCAUAUGGAUGAACCCAAAACGCCACCAUGCCUGGUUCAGACCCCUCAUUACAUCAAAAUUUGAAAACGAGGCUCUUCAGGACGCUUUUUCAUUUGAAGGCACUAAUGACGACACGCCCUUCAUAUGUUCUGCUGAUGGAAUCGAAUACAUGAAUCGGAUCGGUGGAAUGGACAAAGUAGUACAAUGUAAUUCCAUGCUGGUUAGUAAAGGAGUCGAGUACCUUGUAGAAAAGUGGGGGAUCAAACGUCUGUCGAUUCCCAAGCAAAUGGAAGCACCCUGUCUACGAAUAAUUUAUCUGCCAUAUAUACCCGGAUUCUCUGACCGUUUG